CUUCCCAUUUGGGCAAAACCUCUCCCUGCAGUAGUCACAGUUCUUAGCAGAGGAGACCUGGAUGGUGCGUGCUUCUCUUCAAGUCAGCGAGUCCUGGAAAGAUUCAAACCAUGAGACUAUUAGCAAGAAUUAUUUGGCUUACAUUAUGGGCUGUUUGUGUAGCAGAAGAUUGUAAAGGACCUCCUCCACGAAAAAAUACAGAAAUUCUGUCAGGUUCGUGGUCUGACCAACCAUAUCCAGAAGGCACCCAAGCUAUCUACAAAUGCCGCCCUGGAUAUAGAACACUUGGGUCUAUUGUAAAAGUCUGCAAGAGGGGAGAAUGGGUGGCUUCUAAUCCAUCCAGAGUAUGCCGGAAAAGGCCAUGUGGGCAUCCUGGAGAUACACCCUUUGGAUCAUUUAGGCUGACAGUUGGAUCUGAGUUUGAGUUUGGUGCAAAGGUUGUUUAUACCUGUGAUGAUGGGUAUCAACUCUUAGGUGCGAUUGAUUACCGUGAAUGUGAUACAGAUGGGUGGACCAAUGAUAUUCCCUUAUGUGAAGUUGUGAAGUGUUUACCAGUGACAGAACCAGAGAAUGGAAGAAUUAUAAGUGAUGCGGCAGAACCAGGCCAGGAAUAUUAUUUUGGACAGGUGGUGCGAUUUGAGUGCAACGCAGGCUUCAAGAUCGAAGGACAAAAAGAAAUGCACUGCUCAGAUAAUGGCCGUUGGAGCAAUGAAAAGCCAAGAUGUGUGGGAAUUUCUUGCACACGACCAGAAGUUGAACAUGGACGUGCUGUAUCUAAAAACCAAGUUUUCAAGGAAAAUGAAAGAUAUCAAUAUACAUGCAACCCAGGUUAUGUAUACCGAGAAAGAGGAGAUGCCAUCUGUACAGCCUCUGGAUGGAGCCCUCAGCCUUUCUGUGAAGAAAUGGCAUGCGAACCUCCUUAUAUUCCAAAUGGUUUCUACUCACCUCAUAGGAUUAAACACAGAAGUGAAGAUGAAAUCAGAUAUGAAUGCAAAGAUGGCUUCUAUCCUGCAACCCGGGGAACUGUUGUGAAGUGUACAAGUACUGGCUGGAUCCCCACUCCAAGAUGUAGCUUGAAACCUUGUGAUUUUCCUCAAUUCAACAAUGGACGUCUAGAUAAUGAAGAUUACUACAAACCGUACUUCCCAGUACAUAUAGGAAGUUCAUACAGAUAUUCCUGCUUCAGUGGGUUUGUGUCAGCUAAAUAUUGGCCCUAUAUUUAUUGCACAGAACAAGGGUGGGAUCCUGCCGUCCCAUGCAUAAGACAAUGUGUAUUCCAUUAUGUGGAGAAUGGGAAAUCUUCACUCUGGGCAGCUAACUAUGUACAGGGUCAGUCUGUAAAAGUCCAGUGUCACAAAGGCUAUAGUCUUCCCAAUGAUCAAGACACAAUUGUAUGUACAGAGAAUGGCUGGUCCCCUCAACCUAAGUGCAUCCGUAUCAAGACAUGUUCAACAUCAGAUAUUGAAAUUGAGAAUGGAUUUUUUUCUGAAGGUGAUCCAACAUACGCUCUAAACAGAAAAACACUGUAUAGAUGUAAACAGGGCUAUGUAACAGCAAAUGGAGAAACAUCAGGAACAAUUACUUGCCUACAAAAUGGAUGGUCAGUUCAACCAACAUGCAUUAAGUCUUGUGAUAUGCCUGUGUUUGAGAAUGCUGGGACUAAAAAUAAUAACACAUGGUUUAAACUCAAUGAUGAAUUAAAAUAUGAAUGCCAUGUUGGAUAUGAAAACAGAGAUAAGCAUACCAAAGGCUCCAUAACAUGUACUGAUAAUGGAUGGUCAGAUAUACCCUCAUGUUAUGAUUCAACAGGAAAAUGUGGGCCUCCUCCACCUAUUGACAAUGGAGACAUCACCUCCUUCCCGUUGAUGGAGUACCCACCAUUAUCAUCAGUUGAAUAUAAGUGCCAGGCCUAUUAUCAAAUUGAGGGAAGCAAGAAAAUAACAUGUAGAAAUGGAGAGUGGUCAAAGGCACCAACGUGUUUACAUGCAUGUGUAAUACCAGAAGAAAUUAUGGAAAAACAUAACCUAACGUUCAAAUGGAGACGAAAGGAAAAGAUUUAUUCCACAACAGGGGACUUUAUUGAAUUUAAGUGUAAAAAUGGAUACACACUGGCAACAGGGUCACCUCCACUUCGUACAACUUGCAUUAAGGGUCACAUCAAUUACCCCACUUGCACAAAACGCUAUCUGUUUUUUUCUUUUUGUUUGUUUGUUUUAUUGCAAGUGAAAUUUUGUAAACUUCCACAAAUCAAAAAUGGACUUCUAUAUACAGAAAAGAUGAACAGACUCCUCUUCCUGCUACCUACGUUAAAGAAGAUGCGCUAUCACUGCAACAAUGGAUUUGUGACUCCUUCAGGGUCAGACUGGGACUACAUUCGCUGCACAGAGGAAGGGUGGAAGCCUGCAGUCCCAUGCCUUAGGGAAUGUAUUUUCCAUUAUGUGGAGAAUGGGCAUUCUUCAUUCUGGGAAAGAAAAUAUGUUCAGGAUCAGUCUGUGGAAGUCAAGUGUUACCCUGGCUACAACCUUCCCAAUGGUCAAGACACAAUGACAUGCACAGAGAAUGGCUGGUCCCCUCAACCCAAGUGUAUCCGUGUCAAGACAUGUUCAAAUACAGAUAUAGAAAUUGAGAACGGAUUUUUUUCUGAAAGUGAUCCAACAUAUGCUCUAAAUAGAGAAACACAGUAUAGUUGUAAACAGGGCUAUGUAACAGAAAAUGGAGAAACAUCAGGAACAAUUACUUGCCUCCAAAAUGGAUGGUCAGCUCAACCAUCAUGCAUUAAGGCUUGUGAUAUGCCUGUAUUUGAGAAUGCUGGAACCAAAACUAAUAGCACAUGGUUUAAACUCAAUGACAAAUUAGAUUAUGAGUGCCAUGUUGGGUACGAAAACAGACAAAAACAUUCCAAAGGCUCUAUCACGUGUACUGAUGAUGGAUGGUCCGAUAUACCCUCAUGUUAUGAUUCAAAAGGGAAAUGUGGGCGUCCUCCACCUAUUGACAACGGAGACAUCACUUCCUUCCCGUUACCAGUGUAUGCGCCUUUAUCAUCAGUUGAAUAUCAGUGCCAAUCCUUGUAUAAAAUGCAGGGAAGCAAGGCAAUAACAUGUAGAAAUGGAGAGUGGUCAGCGCCACCAAAAUGUUUACAUGCAUGUAUAAUAUUAGAAGACAUUAUGGAAAGAAAUAACAUAAUUCUCAAAUGGAGAGAAACUAAAAAAAUGUAUAUCCAAUCAGGGGAUAAUAUUGAAUUUGUGUGUAAAACUGGAUAUAUAAAGGGAAGAGGAUCACCUGCAUUUCAUACACAGUGCAUUGAUGGACACAUUGAUUAUCCCACUUGUUCAAAAUAAGUCACAACUAUUAGCAGAAUUUUUGAAUGAGCCUUUAUUUAGAAAGAUGCAUGUACAUUACUAAUACAGUUGCGAUUUGCAUUUGAAGUAUUGUUGACUCAUUUAUUCUCAUAAGUAUAAGCUUUUGUGGAUAUAUGGUACGUUCAUUUCGAACCUGAGUAACUGUUGCCACAAAUACAAAAGCAGUACAUUCAAAACUCCUAAACUAAAAUGCAAUGUAUCUUCACACAAAAAUCAAUAGCAAUAAAAUAGAAGUAACUUCUUCAGUGUUUGUUU